AAGCCAAGGCAACAUACAAUCAAAAGCAGAACAAUAACAAAUUACAAUUUAAUAUAGCAUAAAACAGCAUAACAAUAAUAAACAAGCAUCAAGCAACAACAGACUAAUUUUGAAGGAGGCCAAUAUGCAAGCUGAUUAAAGGAAUACUCCUAGUUCUAGAACCGCAAGCCAUGAAAGAGGGAAUGUCUGCAGCUCGGGAACCAGAAGGCGGACGAGCUGGACUCAGGAAAGCCACCACUGACGUUCUGUCUGAGUGUCUCACAGAGCAACCAGGAUUAGUAGCAUCCUUCGAGAGCAAAGAAGAGCCAUUCAAAGGGAUGCACGAGCGCUGGGAAGCCCAGUGGCAGGAGUUCUUGGAAACACUGCAGCCUCUCCACAAUGGGUGGAAGAAGCAAGUGACAACAGAAACUGUCUCGUGGGAAGACGCCAAAGCCUUCCUGGCCUCCUUCGAGCAAGUGGCCAAAGCCUGUCGGUGGCCAAAGGAAGAGUGGGCAGCCCGGUUGUUGCCAGCAUUGAGCGGAGAAACAGAGCAGGCCUUUCGGAGGCUGGGGGCCGGAGACAGGGAGGAUUAUGGAAAAGUGAAGGCUGCUAUCUUGAGAGCAGAUGCCCUGAAAAUAGAGGCAGAGCGUCAACACUUCCGGCAGUUCUGCUGCCAAGAGGUUGGGGAUCCGCGAAGGGUUUACAGCCAAGUCCAGGAGCUUUGCUGUAAGUGGCUGAAGCCAGAGAGACGCAGCAAGGAGCAGAUCCUGGAGCUGCUAAUUCUGGAACAAUUCCUGGCCAGCCUCCCUCCAGAUCUUCAAGGCUGGAUCCGAGCUGGAGGACCUGAUAGUUGCUCUCAGGCUGUGGCACUGGUGGAGGAUUUCAUGAUGUGCCAGCAAGAGGCCGAGCGGCGAAAGUGGCAGGGAACACUGAUGGAGGAGUGCCUGGAUUCUCCAGGUAAAGAGGAAGAGCCUUCAGAGCUCUAUAAAGAAGUCAAACAAAAUGGUGACACAGAGAUCAGUGUGCCUGGCGGUGGAAUCAAAUGCCUCAGUCAUGCAGAUUCGUCCCAUUCUCAUGAAGGACAGGAAGUGAUCAACACUGGUGUCAAGGAGGAGCCAAUGGAUCCCAACGAAACCAGUUUGUCUUUGCAAAUAGUCCAGCGAGGCCUCACCCAUCCAGGUCAACAGACGGUUGUCUGGGAAGUCCUGCAAGAGAACGGCAGGAAGGUAGAUACUUUGGAUGGCAGAGAAAUGAGUAUGGUCAAGACAGAGAACUGUGAGGAUGGAAGAAAUGAGUCGGAAGACACAUUUGAGAUGACCCCACAUAUAAUUCAAGGCAGAGGGCAGGAAGGCGGUAUGCAAGAGGAACAGAGAAGUCAACUGAUGGAGAGAUCAAGCAGAUGCAAUGAUCUCACAACACCGUUUACGUCUCCAGUUUGCCAGACUUUGAAAGUUCCUGGAAGAGGUGGCCUGCCAUUCAUGGCCAAGGGUGACAGAACAUCCUUGGAUCAGCUAGAGCUUGAUAUGAUACAUAUCAAUGAGGACUUCCAGCAGAAUUCGUAUUGUGAUAUCCCCCAGAGAAUGACUUCAGGGGAGUGUAAAUCUAAAUUAUCCGAGAGGGGAGUUUAUUUGAACAGACACCCGAGUCACCACACAAAAGACAAGCUCAAUCACGUUGAACCAAAAUAUCCCCCUGACUGGGGAAGGACUCUCAAUUAUACAAAGCCACUAAAGAGACAUCCGGGACUUUUUAGCGAAGGAAGGCUACACGAAUCUUCUCCUUGUGAUCAGUGCCGUAGUGAAAGAGAACACUUAUUGACCCAUUCGUAUCCCGGAGAGAGAGUCCAUGACUGUCCGGAGUGUGGCAAAGUCUUCACUUCCAGGCCGGUGUUGUUGAGGCACCAGGAGAUGCACGCGGAAAUCAAACCGUACGAAUGUUCUCAGUGUGGUAGGUGCUUCAGUCAGAGAAAAUACCUGAAGAGUCACGAACUGAUGCACGCCGGGGAGAAACCGUACAAAUGCCCCGAGUGUGGGAAGAGCUUCACGGGGGCCAGGAAUCUGAAGAGGCACCAUAGGAUCCACACCGGAGAGAAGCCAUUCAAGUGCUCCGAGUGUGGGAAGUGCUUCAACGAGGAAGGCAUAUUGAAGAAACACCAGCGCAUCCACACGGGGGAAAAGCCGUACAAGUGUCCCGAGUGUGGGAAAUGUUUCAUUCAGGGAAGCGACCUGAGGAACCACCGGAGGAUUCACACGGGGGAGAAGCCGUACAAAUGUUUGGACUGUGGCAAAAGCUUCAGCCGGAGCCAGCAGGUGAAGAGGCAUCAGAGAACACACCUGGAGAGGAACCAUACCGAUGUCCUGAGUGUGGAUUAAGGUUCCAGUCCAGAAUUAAUGUUGAGUGUCAUACGAGUUGUAAGGGAUUCUGAGUUUCCUGUCUUCAUAAUAAAGUAUCCUUAUACAUUUACA